AGAGCAGAGCUGACCCAGCGCCACAACAGCCAACUAUUCCCCAGCUCUGUGGACAAGAUGCCUCGACUGUGUGUGUACAUGCUGGUCUUAGUGCUGGCUCUAGCUACCUUCUCGGAAGCUUCUUGGAAGCCCCGCUCCCAGCUACAGGAUGCAUCAUCUGGACCAGGGACCAAUGAGGACCUGGAACAGCGCCAGUUCAACAAGCUGGGCUCAGCCUCUCACCAUCGAAGGCAGCUGGGGCCCCAGGGUCCUCAACACUUCAUAGCAGACCUGUCCAAGAAGCAGAGGCCACGAAUGGAGGAAGAAGAAGAGGCCUACGGAUGGAUGGACUUUGGCCGCCGCAGUGCUGAGGAAGACCAGUAGGACUAGCAACACUCUUCCAGAGCCCAGCCAUCUCCAGCCACCCCUCCCCCAGCUCCGUCCUUACAAAACAUAUUAAAAAUAAGCUAGCUUCCAAUGUA